UUCUUAUGUGGAACUGAGACCUGGGAAUGCGUUAUUAUGGCAGCAGUUGUACAGCAGAAUGAGCUUGUAUUUGAAUUUGCCAGCAACGUCAUGGAGGAUGAGCAGCAGCUUGGUGAUCCGUCUAUUUUCCCUGCUGUCAUUGUGGAACAUGUUCCUAGCGCAGACCUCCUGCACAAUUAUUCUGGCUUAACCUGUGUGGAUGAACCUAGUGACAUGAUUACCGAAAGCUCUCUCGAUGUCGCAGAGGAGCAAAUUAUAGAAGAUGACGAUAUCACCCUUACAGUUGAAGCAUCUUGUCAUAAUGGAGAUGAAACAAUGGAAACAAUUGAGGCUGCUGAAGCACUUCUCAAUAUGGACUCCCCUGGUCCUAUGCUGGAUGAAAAAAGAAUAACAACCAUGUUUGGUGCAACUGAAGAUGAAGACAUAGUGGCUCCUAUCACACACGUAUCGGUCACCCUUGACGGGAUCCCCGAGGUGGUGGAAGUCCACCAGGCCCCCGAUCCCUACGCCGAGUCCCCGGAGACUCCGGAAUACGAGCAGCCAAAGAAGAAAAAAGGGAAGAAGCCAAAGCCUCCUCGUCCCGAAUCCCCUACUACAACUCCUAACAUAUCUGUGAAAAAGAAAAACAAAGAUGGAAAGGGAAAUACAAUUUAUCUCUGGGAGUUUUUGCUAGCGCUGCUUCAGGAUAAAGCUACAUGUCCUAAAUAUAUCAAAUGGACUCAAAGAGAGAAGGGCAUUUUCAAACUCGUAGAUUCCAAGGCUGUAUCCAGGUUGUGGGGAAAACAUAAAAACAAACCUGACAUGAACUAUGAAACAAUGGGUAGAGCUCUCAGAUACUAUUACCAGAGGGGAAUCCUGGCUAAAGUAGAAGGCCAGCGCCUAGUGUAUCAAUUUAAAGAAAUGCCAAAAGAUCUCGUCUAUAUAGAUGAUGAGGACGCCAGUCCUAGCGCUGAAUCGUCUGAUUCAACUUUGCUCUCAACUCCUGUGGCCAAUAGAAACCAGUCGAGCAGAUCCAGAGCAUCUGCAAAUGUGGGAACAAAGGGAGGAUCUACCACAGUUUUAAAAACAGGAAAUCCAAAGCCUGCUAAACUUAAGGAGCACGUGGAAGUGGCGCAGCAGCAGACGCCUGGCUUGACUUCAGAAGUGUUGAGGACAGUGCAGUCUGCGCAGCCUGCGUAUCCCACUCAGCUCUUUCGGACAGUUCAUGUAAUGCAGCCGUUGCAGUCCCUCGCGGAAGGACAUGCGGCCGUGACCAGUAAUGUUCCGGAUGAAACAUUAAACCCCUCGGUUCAGAACAUAAGGCCUUUACAGACGCCGACGCAGGUGCCGGUGGUGGUUUCUCCCGGGAACCCGCAGCUGCACACGGUGACACUCCAGACGGUGCCUCUGACCACGGUGAUAGCCAGCACAGACCCAGCCUCCACGACAGCUCCUCAGAAGUUCAUCCUACAAGUCACUCCCACGUCGCAACCCAUGACAGUCCUCAAGGAGAACGUCCUGCUGCCGUCGCAGAAGCCGGUGUCCCCUCCGCCGUCCAUCGUGCUGAGCCCGGCGCAGGUGCAGCAGGUCCUCACCAGCAGCGUGCAGACAGUUUGCAACGGGACGGCCACCGUGGCCUCGGCGGCGCCCUCCUUCGGCGCCGCCGCCCCCGUGGUGACCUUCUCCAGCGGCGGCUCCCAGGUGGUGGCCCAUCCGCCGGGCACUGUCAUCACGUCGGUCAUCAAAGCGCCCGAGGCCAAGGCGGGAGCGGGCAGGGACGGCGGCCGCGAGGAGGGGGGCGACGCCGAGCAGGCCGAGCAGCCGCCCUUCGUCAUGGUCGUGUCCGGUCCGAACGGUUUCCCGCCUAACGUGCAGGUGAAGCAAGAAAACGAGCCCUUGGAACCCAGCUCGUAUAACUAA